AGCUUGAAGAGACCAGCUCUCACCGACAAAACAACAUGAGGAGAGUUUUAAGCGUUCCCUCAAUGAAUCUUCAUCUUCUUGUUGUUGUUUUCCUUGUUUCAUGGGCAAGCUCAAGCUCAGCCCAAGAUCAUCUCAGCUUCAUUCAGUGUCUUAAACUCUAUUCAGAUCCUCUUUUUCCAAUCUCCACAAACCUCUACAAUCCAGAAGAUGCUUCUUAUUCAUCUGUCCUUCGAGCUUCCAUUCGAAACCUUCGCUUCAAUGAGUCUUCCACCCCAAAACCUCGCCUCAUUAUCACCGCUACUCAUGAGUCUCAGGUCCAGGCUGCCAUUUUAUGUGGCAAGAACCAUGGCCUGGAGAUGAGAACCCGUAGUGGUGGACACGAUUAUGAGGGUUCUUCGUAUGUAUCGUACGUUCCAUUUUUCAUCCUCGAUCUUUUGAACUUUAGGUCCAUCGAUGUGAACAUCAAAGAAGAGACUGCUUGGGUUCAAGCGGGUGCCACACUUGGGGAGCUUUAUUAUGCAAUUGCAAAUAAAAGCAAUGUUCAUGGUUUCCCUGCUGGGAUGUGUCCUACUGUUGGUGUAGGUGGGCAUUUCAGUGGUGGGGGCUUUGGUAACAUGAUGAGAAAAUACGGUCUUUCUGUUGAUAACAUCAUUGAUGCAAAAAUAGUUGAUGUACAAGGUCGUAUUCUUGGAAGAGAGUCUAUGGGAGAAGACUUGUUUUGGGCCAUUACAGGAGGUAGUGCAGCCAGUUUUGGUUUGGUCCUAGCAUAUAAAAUAAAGUUAGUCCCCGUGCCAAAAAAUGUUACCGUCUUUCAAGUAGCGAAAACGGGUGAAGAUAACAUUACAGAAUCAGUUCACCGUUGGCUAGAAAUAGCAGAUGGUUUUGAUAGAGAUGUAUUCCUCCAUAUGAUUCUUGAUGUGGCAAAUCGUGGAGAAGUGAACAAAAACAAGACGAUCCGAGCCAAAUAUAUUGGGUUUUUCUUAGGAGAUUCGCAAAGACUCAUUUCUCUCAUGAAUGAGACUUUCCCAGAACUGGGAUUGCAAAAACAAGAUUGCCAAGAGGUGAGUUGGAUAGAAUCUGUGGUAUACUGGGGAAAUUUCUCCAUAAAUAAUGGUACAUCCACUGAAGUUUUACUCAACAGAACACCUUCAGAACUGUACCAUAGAAAGAUGAAAUCCGACUAUCUCCAGAGGUCUAUACCAAAGGAAGGACUAAAGUUGAUAUUUAAGAAAAUGGUUGAACUAGAAGCUCCAUACAUGUUUUUCUUCCAUUAUGGAGGAAAAAUGAGUGAGAUUUCACCUGAUGCAAAACCAUUCCCUCACAGAGCUGGAAACAUAGCCAAUAUUAUGUAUGGAACAGACUGGAUUGAGUAUGGAUUUGAAGCUGAUGAAUAUUACAGUGGUUUAACAAGAAAGCUCUAUGACUUCAUGACUCCUUUUGUGUCCAAAUUCCCAAGGCAAGCAUAUUUUAACUUCAAAGACUUUGAUUUGGGAGUCAAUCACCAUGGAGAGCACAGCUAUUUACAGGGGAAAGGAUAUGGAUGUAAGUAUUUCAAGGAGAAUUAUGACAGAUUGGUGGAGAUUAAGAGUAGAGUUGAUCCUGAGAAUUACUUCAAAAAUGAACAAAGCAUCCCAGUCCGUCCAUUUCCGGAAGAGGGUAAACUUAAAGAGGGUGUUAGUGUUAUUUAGAGAAGAUGUAAGUUACCUAUUUGAAGUAUUUGCCUACUAAUUAUGUACUUUAACUUGAUCACUCGAGUUGUAAUGUGGUAUUGUAAUAUUAAAAUAAAGAAUACUUCUUUGCAAAAA